CAUGCCUUCCGAGACACCCCAGGCAGAAGAGGGGCUUGCAGGGUGCCCCCACCUCUCAGAGGCACACUUGGGGAAAGGGGGCCAGAAGAAGUCACUCUUGGGGGAUAAGGAAGCCAAGGAGCACCUGUGGAUCCGGCCUGAUGCCCCCAGCAGGUGCACCUGGCAGUUGGGCAGGUCUGUUGCCGACUCCCCACAUCACCACGAGGCCCAGACAAAAUCUCCAAAAAUCUUGCCUGAUAUUCUGAAGAAAAUUGGGGACACCCCCAUGGUCAGAAUCAACAAGAUCGGGAAGAAGUUUGGCCUGAAGUGUGAGCUCUUGGCCAAGUGUGAGUUCUUCAAUGCGGGUGGGAGCGUGAAGGACCGCAUAAGCCUGCGCAUGGUUGAGGACGCCGAGCGUGCUGGGACACUGAAGCCAGGGGACACCAUCAUCGAACCAACAUCUGGGAACACAGGAAUUGGGCUGGCACUGGCUGCUGCUGUGAAGGGCUAUCGUUGCCCAGUGCAGGUGGACGUCCUGCGGGCCCUGGGAGCUGAGAUCGUGAGGACACCCACCAACGCCAGGUUCGACUCCCCCGAGUCACACGUGGGGGUGGCAUGGCGGCUGAAGAAUGAGAUCCCCAAUUCUCACAUACUCGACCAGUACCGCAAUGCCAGCAACCCCCUGGCUCACUAUGACACGACCGCCGAGGAGAUCCUGCAACAGUGUGAUGGAAAGCUGGACAUGCUGGUGGCUUCGGCGGGCACAGGGGGCACCAUCACAGGCAUCGCCAGGAAGCUGAAGGAGAAGUGUCCUGGAUGCAGAAUCAUUGGAGUGGAUCCUGAAGGUUCCAUCCUUGCUGAGCCGGAAGAGCUGAACCAGACGGAGCUGACGGCCUACGAGGUGGAGGGGAUCGGCUAUGACUUCAUCCCCACCGUGCUGGACAGGACAGUGGUGGACAAGUGGUUCAAGAGCAAUGAUGAGGAGGCCUUCGCCUUUGCCCGCAUGCUGAUCUCACAGGAAGGACUGCUGUGUGGUGGCAGUGCCGGCAGUGCAGUGUCCGUGGCCGUGAAGGCUGCCCAGGAGCUGCAGGAAGGUCAGCGCUGUGUGGUCAUCCUACCCGACUCAGUGCGGAACUACAUGUAAGAAACCUGUGC